AUGUCGUCCCCGACGACACACGUCGAAAAGGGCGUGAAACGCCGGCUGCCACCGCCGCUCAACAAAAUGGGCCUAUUCGAACCGUACAUGAAGGACGGCAAAAAGAUCACCGAAAUCGUCCGAUUCAAUCCGGUCGAAGUUUUUCUCGCCGGUUUCAUUCCACCAAUGUUCGGAUCGAUUGCCGCCAUUUUUAUCGCUCUAAUUUUUCAUAAUGAUGAAAUAAGUAAUUAUAAUUGGCAGUGUGGGGUGAGUUCAGGAGCUUUUGAAAUUCGCCGGGAUUUUUCACAAAUUAUGUAAAAUAAAUUUUCCAGCGAGCCCGACUUCCAUCAUUAUCUCGAAUCAUCAAUUUGCCAGUUGAGCGAACUUUUUGGCAAUUAUUUUUGCUGUUUCAUGUGCCGAUUCGAGUUGUAGAACUAAUCACAGGAUGUGAGUUUUUUUUUCUUUUCACCAACGUUUCACUGCUGUUGAGAAAUGUGCGCGUGGCUCAGUGGUAGACUGUUUUGCUGAUAGCCACUAGGCCCGGGUUCGAAUCCUCCCGCGCGCAAACUUUUUUUUCCAGUCUCGAGGUACAAACGAAUGCGAAAUGUGAAUUAUAAACGUGUCUGGCUAUAUGAACUCAGUCGAUUCGCAUAUUUCUUCGUAGGACUUCUAGAGCUCAUAUUCCUGUCAGGUUUAUCGAUUAUUGGAGAGCGAGAGAAUAUCCGUGAGUUCUUGUCAAUUUUUUCUUUCUAAAAUCCCAGAUUUCUUUUAGAAAUCCACGUCAUAUUUUUCUACGUUUUCGGAAUUUGCGGAAUAAUUCACAUGAUUGCCAAUAUCUUUUGCCAUGCUCACUCGUUAUAUUAUCUCAAUCCUUAUGUGAGUUCAAUUUUAUUUUAAUUCAAAAAACAAACAAAAAUAAUUUUUUUAGGGUCGAUUAUCGUACUAUUUGAAAAUUCUAUUCACAAGUUUGUAUAUUUUAUCAACGCCAAUUUUGGUUGGCUCAUUUAUUUUGUAUUGGAGGAAAUGUAUCACGUGGGGUGAGUCAAGGGUUGGUUGCUUGAGGGAAAAUAGGAGUGUCAAGGGAUUGCUGCUUGAGAUCAUUUUGAGUGUAUAGGGAUUGCUGCUUGGGAGGCUAUGAUAAAUCUCAAGAGCUUGCUGCUUGAGGAACAUAAAAACGUCAAAAGCUUGCUGCUUGGGAGAGGAAACGGGUUCUCAAGGGCUUGCUGCUUAGGAGCAAAUUAGACUCUCAAGGAAUGGCCACUUGGAAGCAAAAACAAGUCGUCAAGGGCUUACUGCUUAGGAACAUAUUUGAGCUGUCAAGGAGUGACUGCUUGACAAAAAGUUAUUUCAAGGGGCUAAUGCUUGAGAGCAGAUUCAAAGUGUCUAGGAGCCUUACCUUCUUCCAGCAUACGACGUGUUUGCCCUCUGUGAAUAUUGCGGUGUAUUCUUGAACAUUUGUUUCCACGGUUGUGCAUUUUUCGACAUUCGAUAUAAAGUGACAUUCAGUGUGCGAAGAGUUGAGGAUAUUCCAGAAGCUGAGAAGACUCAAGAGAAAACAGGAAUUGAACCAAAAUAUUGA